AUGAAAGCAUCUGCGGAAGGCACUCCUAGUCAAACCCCAUUGUCCGACUCCUCUCAAGGAACUCAAAUCUCUCCUGAACAGUUGCAACAUGCCUUGGAUGCCAACAAAAGGCUCCAACAGAUCCUGAGCCAACGCGCCGAGGCAUUGGAAGUAGAGUUGAGAGAGGUGGACCAACUUUUGAGUGCUUCAAGUGUCGAAGAUGGAUUGGAUGACCCAGAAUCAGAGGUGUACGUAGCCGGAGCAAAGAAAGCUACAGGAUUGUUCCCACCGAGCGAAUUUUUGAACCCAGUAUCGCCGUUUUACGAGGAUGCCGCGAAACGGUCUGCUUAUAUAGCGAACACGAGCCCGCAUCCAAUGAAGGCAAAAGACAUCGAAGCACUGGCAGACGCUGUAAAGCGAGAGAAUGAACGUCUACAAGCUUACCAACAGCGCUCAGGCCCCUGUGCCAAGAAUGAGACAAUCAUUGACCUAAACAACAACGUCGAGGGAUUGGACUGGAUGAGAAUCGCCGAAAGAGUCUCCGAUUCGUCCUCAGUCAAAAGAAGUGCGGCAGAAUGUCGAGUUACAUGGGUUGCAGACAAGCACCCGCGCAUCAAUCAUGCAAAAUGGUCAGAUGCAGAGGUUGAUAAGCUCCACGGACUCCUUUUCGAACACGGCAAGCACAAAGAAGCCGUGAACUGGGUUGAAAUAUCCAGGAAGCUUGGGACGAAUCGCACUCCCAUUGACUGCAUGAGACAAUCGCUUCCUCGACACCGUCACUUUUGGACCUUGGAGGCAGAUCAAAAACUAAUUAAAGCUGUUCAGUCAUGUGGUAUCGACAACUGGAUGUUGGUCGCACGAAAAGUUUCUGAGAGCGCCACUGCCGGCCAAUGCCAGACUCGAUGGUACAAGUCCCUCGAUCCUGGGUUAAAGCGAGGUUCUUGGACAGAAGAAGAGGACAACCGUCUCCGAAAGGCUGUCGCUGGUUUUGGAACGUCAUGGGUGCAAGUGGCUGCGGCGAUUCCAGGGCGGACAAAUGAUCAGUGCCGAGAGAGAUGGGUCGAACAACUGAACCCUUCUGCGUCGAAACUGGUCUGGACCGAGGAGGACGACAAGGUCUUAAUUGAAUCUGUGAAAGACCUUGGCCACCAGUGGAAGGCUGUCUGCCUCCGGGUGGGUAAUGGCAAAACAGGUCCAAAUUGCCGUAUGCGAUAUGAGAAGCUGCAGCGAUCACUGAAAAAGCAGGCGAGCCCGAUUCCGGGACCAUCCUCUGCACCUAUGUCGUUUCAAAGUGACAUUCCGGUCUUCUCUCGAAUCCCACCAGUAGCGCUACUUGCACAACAUGACGAGGGAUCUUUUGGGCGCUAUACUCCAUCUACCACGCCAGUUCCUACUCUCAGACCACAAGCUCGCGCGGUAGGGAAGGGAAAGAACAAAAAAACCACCGCAGUUUCUUUCACACCGACAAUUCCGGGCGACUUUGCCAAGGACGUCGAAUGCACUCCACUGACUUCUGCUCUGCAACGGAGCAACGGAGCGGCCACUUUGCAAACACCGGAAAAUCUAGACGGCGGUGACGGUGCAGCAGCUGCCACACCAUACCCUCGUCCUAAGCCACGACCUGUCCCUCAGGUGAAGGAUUCUGUCCCAGGCCAAGCUGUGGCGGAGGUGGCUCCUGACCUGACGCGGAAAAAUGCUGAACCAUCUGCCUGUACACCUGCUGACAACUCAAUGCCAGCAUCGCAGUUGGGUAGCAAAUACGCCGUGAAGACAACACCCCCAAAACGGGGCAGGAAACGGAAGGAAGAUAGCGACGAGGCGCAGUAUGCACCUUCUAUUCCUACUCGUUCCUCCAAGAGAUUGCGCAUGACCCGUGCUUCGAAAUCCUCCCUUGAAAAUACCAAUCCUGGCGAUGUUGAAGACCUCCCUGGAUCUGCACCAUCAAUGAUAGGUAAUUCCGAGCUCGAAGCCGACGCACAAGCCAGUGAAGCUGUGCAGCAGCUGUCGAAACGAGGGCGAAAACGAAAGCUAGACACAGACACACCCGUCGCUUUCGUCAGCGAAUCGAACACGCUAGGACCCGAUGAAGAGCAGGCAGGCGAUCAGCAGCUUGUUUCGCUUCCAGCUCCACUUACCACAGAAGAGGCCCCUGGACCAGAUGCCAACAAUGUUACCCCAGCUAAGCGCAAACGAGGCCGGCCGCGAAAGGUACCAGCUCCUCUGAGUACGACGCCAGCCGAUUCGCUUGCUCCUGCAGCCCCAGUGACUUUGUCAGAACUGCCUGAUCCUCUUACAACCACCGGAGAAGCUGUUGUACCCGUUAAAAGAGGGAGAGGUCGACCUCGCAAGGCUCAGCAAGCGAGCGAAAACACAUAA